AUGAGAGUUUUAGUCAUUCUGUCUGCCUUAACCGGCUUGAGUCAGGCUGUUGUCGUCGCUCCACGACAAGCUGUCAGUCCUUCGGAAGUUGCUGUCACAUCGACCACUCUUAGUACAGUCACCAACACCAUUACUACUGCCUACCCAGUUAUCACUACAGCGACGACCUGUAAUGUAGAUAGCGUAAUCCCAAAAGGCACUUGCUCGGCCGGCGCAGUUUGGUCUCUGACCGGAGGCAACUAUUAUUCUCAGCAAUGCGGUGCAUCACUCAUUGGUGGAACUGUUAUUCGUGCCUAUGUCGAGCCCGUUGGAGCAGCUGCCACUUCUAUCUGUGUGUCUAUCUGCAAUGCUCUCAACAAUUUGAAAACAUCUGCCAGUUCAUGUAACGGAAUUGUGUUUACCACUAUUGGUGCUCUUUAUGAGUGCUUCUUGAAUAAUGGACCAGUCACUCAAGCACCAGCUGCUGCAAGCGUGUUCAACAUUGUGCAGUUGACCACUAAUCCUUGUGUGGUCACGAGCACUGCGUUCCAAACAGACGUUUCUUACGAGACAAUUACGUCUACGAUUGAAGUCGUUUAUACUUCGACUGUGACUCCAUCUGCUGCUGCCAGUAGUUCAGUCGUCACCAUUCCUUCAGCCGCUACAACCACCAGUACCAGUACUUCAGAAAUUCCAUCGGCAGCCGCAACCACUAGCACUUCUGAAAUUUCUUCAGCCGCUGCCAGCACCUCCAACAUCGUCAUCUCUCCAACCAAUACAACAAUAAUCACCUCCCAAGCCCCAACCUCAAAAUCCGCCAUCUCCUCAACUAAUACAACCAUUCGUACUUCCGAAAUCCCCUCCUCAGCAACCACAACCUUAAUCCCAACCUUCGCUCCAACGAAUGGAACCAUCAGUACUUCCCAGACCCAAACCUCAAUCCCAACCUUCUCUCCAACCAAUACAACCACCACUCCACCCCAAAACCCCUCCUCGGCAGCCCCAACCUUGGUAUACACCAACUCCUCCAUCUCUAUCCCCACAACCACUUCUCAAACCCCAACCCUCCCCUCAGCAGUUCCAAUCCUAAUGUUCACCAACUCUUCCAUCCCAAUCCCCAUCUCCACAACAACAACCACUACUUCCGCUGCAGCCGCUUCCAGUACUACUGGAAAUGAGGAUGAAAACGACGAUGACGAAGAUGUGUGUUACUACGAUGACGAGGAAGAUGAAGAUGAAGAAGAGGAAGAAGAUGAGUAUUAG